GCGUCCCAUCAAGCAGCCAGCAGAUGUCGUACUAUCCGGAUCAGCAUGGUAACUUUCCGCACGGCCAGCAGCUGCCCCACAACCCACACGAGGGUCCCAUCUCGCAUACCGUUUUUCCGCCGAAUAUGAAUCCCAACUAUCCGCAUCGACCGCUGCAGCCGGGAGGAGUGCAUCUACCGGGGCACCUUCCACCGCCUCACUUGCUGCCACCGCCAGGGAAUCAUCCACACUAUCCGCCAGGACAUCACUACCCACCAGGGCACUAUCCGCCGGGACACUAUCCGCCAGAACACUAUCCGCCCCACUAUCCGAUCCACGAGCAGGCAGUUGCAUAUGGCAGUUCCCAGCCGGAAAAACCGAAAUGAAUAGUGACUGUUGUGUGGUAGUGACAAAUAGUUCAGUUUUAUCCGAAUUUCAUGACUGUUUGAUUAUUUGAGAAUAUUAUUUGUAAGUGCAUUUGAUAACAAAAACAGUUUAUUAGAAUAUAUUUCUUGAAUUUACAAA